GGAUGGAGGACACCGCUCCAGCAGCUGCUGUUUCCCGUGGCAGCUGACCUGUGACGAUCUUUUCACACAACCUCAGUCACCGAGAGCAUCCGGCGGGCUCGUCCGCACGAUGCCUCUCCGUCGAUGUUGUGCGUAAAUACGCACGAUCGCGACCGACUGUUGAAUGGAGCCGGAGCGCAGCGGUUUCGAACGCGCUCCGGGAAGAACUUCCGUCGUUGAUGUGUGUUUGAACUGAAGCAGGGAAAGCGUUUGGUCUUCGCUGAGAAACGAUGCUGCAUCUACCCACGGGAGGACACUCCACCACAGAUACCUGACUUGUCUCAGAAGUGUGACCCCAGCAGCGAUGGAGAGUCCCAGCGAGCUCCAGAACCCCUUGCUGGACAAAACCAGCAGACCCACCUUCCACGUGGACCACCCUGGUCCCAACUACCAAGACAGCCUGGUGGGCUACUGUUACAGCAGGACUGAGGGCGGUGAGAAAAGCCAGCAGUUCCUGGACGCCACCUCCCUCCAUCUGGCCGUGGAGGCUUUCUACGGGCCCAGCUUCAUCCUCUGCAAGGACGACGCCAGCCUUCACAGCAGGGACUCGAAGAGCGAGAGCUUUGAGACCACGUUCACGGAGAACAAAGACUCUGCGCUGGACAGAAUUUCCACUGAGAAUGGGCCGGAAAACGCCCAGGCGGAGAAGGAUUUGAAAAUCCAGACUGUGUCGUACGAGGUGGAGGACGAGCAAGUUCCAGUGUACGAGAGCGACAGCUCCUCUGACAGCGAGAGCGAGGACAACUUCAUCGUGCUGCCCCCUCGGGACCACCUGGGUCUCACCAUCUUCUCCAUGCUCUGCUGCUUCUGGCCCCUGGGCAUCGUUGCCUUUUACUACUCUCACAAGACCGGCAAAGCCAUCGCCAAGGGAGACUUCUCCAAAGCUGGAAUGAGCUCCAGGAGAGCCCUUUUCCUGGCCGCCCUCUCCAUCACCGUGGGAACGGGGAUGUACGUGGGCGUGGUGGUGGCCCUCAUAGGCUACCUGUCCAAGCCCGGACACGUAUAGCACACAGCGGGACCGAAAUGGAGCGCGAAGUGAGAGCAAAAACACCGGGACUUAUCGAUCUGUUCUCCUACACACCAGUCACUGAAGACACUGAGAAGAAGAAGAGACUCUUCCCCAUUAAUGUCAAUGUUUCGUCCGUCGAUACCUGUGUGCCAUUGCUGUGUCGUCGCGACGAGUCACGUGUGACCGGUUAUCGAUCAACCGAGUUAGUAGCAGAAGGUUCCAGAGGGUCGCUGGUGAUCAUUGUGCAGCGUAUUGAUUCAAUAAAUACUUCUGGCUGGAACAUCUCUUCUCUGCUAUUCUGCAACAUAUUGCUUGCUCCUUUAUACAGUAUAGUGAUCGUUUUUAUAGCUGCAGCCUCCGGCUUCACCGCUCACGGCUGCUCGUCCGUCUCCCGGCAUCAGUCAGUGUCAGGCGGCGAGGUGACUUUAGCUGCCACGGCUCUCUCUCUCAGCGUCAGGAACAAUGGCUGCUCUCUGAAGUCGGGACGUCAGAAUAGAACCAGAGCAGCACUUUUCUGUUUUCCCCUCCAGGAUUUGGAAAGACCUUUCCCUCUCUGGCUGCACCGCCUGCCGUCCAAUCAGGAGUCAGAGCAUCCCAAACCACAGGAGCAGAUAAUGAUAAAUCAUCGGUUUAUUGCAUCUGAGGGGCGUCUCAUUACUCCUGUAUUAAUGUCAGCGCGCGGCACAUUCUUGCUUGUGAGAGGAAUACGCUCAGGAAUCCAGGACAUUUUGGGGCAUUAAAACAAGCCAACGUCUAUCUGUUGCGACACAAGAACCUAAAAGAGCCAAAUACACCGAGUAGCGUGGUGAGAGUGUAUCAAAUGCAAAGUUGUUGUGAACCUCCCACUUUUUCCUCAUGUUUUAAUAGGAAUAUGAAAUGGAGUAUGAGCAGUAGCUCCAGCGAGGCCAUCGACGUGAGCAGCAAGUGCUGCUCUGCAUUUAUGCUUCUCCCCCUCAGUAGAUAGGAAACUUCACCCACGCCUCCUCACCAUCUCACCAGCAGCAUCCAAGGCUGAAACCAACAAAUGCAUCUGAUUUCAUUGCUCAUCCGCCCCCAUGUGGAACUCAAGUAUGGAAGGGUGGUAGCUAUUUCCACGCUUUCACACUGUAUAAGUGUUAGAAGUGAAUCCGUAUUUAAAGUUUCGUCGGAGAUAGACAUUGUUUUACAACGAGAAAUGAACCCAUGACACCUCCUCGUGAGCUGGAUCUGAUGCCUUCAUAACAUUGUUAUUAUUGUUGUUAUUAUUAUUAUUAUUAUUACGCCGGGUGUGCGCUGCUUUGUGGCAUUUGUGUACGCGCCUGGGCUGCCACCUCCUGAUGACUUUACACUGUAUGGAGCAGCACAUUUCGGCACAGCGGGGCUCAGGAGUUUCACAGCAUAACCAUGGUUUUGAUAGGAGUAAAUCACUUGCAGAAUGA